AUGGCUGGCACAGAAUAUUUUGGUGCAACAGCUCAGCCACGCGACCACAUACCUGAGGUCAACACCAUCGGUUAAUCACCCAAUCACACACUUUCGCAGCACUGAUAAGACUAUCCACAACGACGUAUGAUCUUCUCACGUUUAACACAAGCGAAAUAUCAUCACAUAACGCGGAAACACUCAACCUAUUGGCAGAUAAACACCUCUAGACUUUUCUCUUACAGUCGUCUUAUUCAUUCCCGGAGGUACAAUCACAAGGUCGGCAGACCAGCAUAGUCUUGGCCCGGGUCAAAGUUCUCCUGCAAUUUUGUUCUCGCCUAAUAGAUUUGACUUCUAGAAGCCUGUUUCCGAGGCCAAAGACUUCGUGGUCACCUUAGAAAAGCGAACAAUAUCGUACCUUUCUGUCUUAGCCUGGAUCAGAGUGAUUGAUCCGUUUAGCCAAAUGAAACGAGAAUACGAUACGAUAUUGGACGUGAUGCAGACUCUGCGAAUCGUAUUAACUUUGUUCCACCUCAGAGCUUUACAUGAUACUGUCCGGAAAACUUUUCUUAAGGUGACCGAUAACGAAAUAUAAAUGCUAGGAGGCACGGACACCAGCUUUAACUGCCACUUGAGUUAGACAGAGAAUUCUGGGUACACAGUAACUUUUAGAACUAGAAGCGCUUUUCGUAAAUUUCAAGUUGAUUUUAGGUAUUAACUAAUUAAAGAUUUAAAUUUUUGCUCUUUUUUUAUGUUCUCUAAGGAAAUAUCAUUCUCGCCCCUAAAACGAUUUUUACCUUGUGGUUCGUCAGAAACCCACUAUCGUAAUUCACUGCCGUAAAUCACUACCACUAUCGUAAAUCACUGCCGUAAUUCACUACUUUGGCAAUAUUUAAUUAUGAUCUUAUUUUAUUCUUUUUUCUUUUCCUUUGUUUUCUUUUAGGGAAAGAACUUACUGCGAAUGAAACGGUUUAGUUAGUAAAAACUUUGCAAAAUCUAUAGAUAGAAACUAGGAUAAACAUAACCUGUCAAUAACUUUCGGUCGAGUACAAUUCAGCGGAAAUGCGUCUCUCUACCUCAAUAAGCAUCAGCCUUUUCCUGAUAUACAGCUAAAUCAAAAAAUGUUGCUUUGGUAAUUGGUCAUUGGUAAUUGGGCAUUUGGGCAUAUGAAACAAUGCAAUGAUUUACUCGAGUGACCACCGAACAAUAGCUUCCCAAUGCGCUAUUCCCAAUGCCCAAACCAACCUUUAUUGAAUCAGCAAUAACUGUUCUAGUGUGCCACGUAGUUCACGACAGAUCAUCUGCAGAGACGUCCUUUUUUCAAUAAAUGUCUUAAAAUUUACAACGAGUGUCUUAUUUUAUUAUUUCAUUUUUUUUUUUGCAUUAUUUUAAUUUCCCUAAUUUCCCUGGCGUUCCCUGGGUGAUUACUCGCUUUGCCGAAGCCAUAAGUUAUAAUUCAUAGCCUACAGAUUUCGACUGCAAUUUUUCUCCCACUGCAUCAUAAGACAGGUAAAAUAUCUCAUACACCGAGUUAGCUUCUAAGACGCACGUACGCGAAUGUCUCAUUCAGCAAUUUUCCCUCACCUAACCAUAGUUAGUACCGGAUACUAACCAUAAAAGGCGAAAAAGAUCACUGAAGAUAAAAUCAACGGUGCUGCAGUUUGUGUUGGGCGAACUCUAUUAAAAAUAAUUAUGGUCUACCAGAGCUCACGAACACGAAACACGAAUUGAUUUUCUGCCUAGACGAUAAAACGUCGGCACCUGGAGUUUUCUGUAGCUGUUCGUUUAUCCUUCGCGCACAUUUUGAGACAAGUUUAGUAAUAGUCAGUUACUAUGGUUACGAAAUAUGACGUCAUGAGUGGCAGCUGGUCAAGCCAUUUUUGAGUGAAAAUGCAUGUUUUUUCAACUUUUUCAGCAAUAAAAGUAAAACUUGUGGAUGAAAUGAUGCAAAGCAAUUAUUAAAUGUGGUAUUUUACAUGUUAAGCGCAAAAAAUAUUAUUUCUCACUGUUUUUACCUUAUUUCUGAUUCUUGAUAAAAUAUGAGAUGGCGACCAUGUUUGGUGAUGUCACAGACCCCCCCCUCUUCCUUGUACCACUGUGAGGGUAUGACUGCGUGUACAUUUAGAAAUGUUACUGACGAAUAGCGUCAUAAUGUGUAAGAGUUACGGAAUUAAAGUUAAUUUCACUGACACUUAAUCAGUCUGAAGGUUACAAAGAGCUGAACACUGGCGCAUGUUUAAAACAACAACAUUUCAGGGCCUCACACUGCCUGCCUCAGCUUCGCUAGAAUAAUUGUUAGGAAAAAAUAAUGAAAAAAUAAAAUACAAUAAAAUAACAUUAAGUAAAAGGGUUAACACGCUUGCUACUCAAUUUGGCGAUUACCGGGUGAAUAUCGAUUAUCGACUUAAGACGACUACUUGACAGUUAUUGGUCGAGGUUGAGCAAAAUAUCGUGAUUUGUCAGUGGCGAGCAGAUAUUUGCCUAAGCCGAAGGCAGAGGCAAAUAAUUGAUGUGCGAGACACUGGCAAAUCACGAUAUUUUGCGAUAACCGAGUUCAAUAAUUGUUUUAUCAUUCGAUCACCAAGUUUGUUUUUUAAAGAAUACCUUCGGAAAGCGAAACGAUUUGCCUUUUUUCAAGCAAGAACGAUCACGCGUCGUCCACCACUAGCCACCGACACGGAGAUGAAUAAUUGUUUUAGUAUAUACCAAAAAACAGUGAGUUAAUUGAGCACAAAAGUGAUGAUUUUUAACUCAAAUACUGUUGCCAACGAUUACAAUUUUGGCGCGUAAUGACCGAACGGCCACGGCCGUCGCUUUUUCUUGCCGACAAAUAAAACUUUUGAAGGAAUUUGUUUAGCUCUCGCGGAGAAAUUUCUUCAAAAGGAGUUUGUGAAUUCUUUUUGUAUUGAAAAUCAUUCCGUAAAAAAAAAGAUUAUUAAAUUUAGUUUUAAGAUUAUUUAAGAACAAGUCAACUAAAUAAAGUAACGCAAGACUUAAGCUUAAUUAGCAUUUGUAAACAAAAGACUUUUUCACCGGUUUUAUCGAUAAAUUCGAGUCAAAAAGACAAAGCUUUACCUGUUAAAACUUCCAAACCGAACUUCGUCACCUUCUUCGUGUAUUUCGGUAACAGCUUGCUUGAUUAGUUGUGAAAUUUCUUUGUUUGUUACGGCAGCAAACCGGGAAGGCAUUUUGCUCUCAACAGACCUAUUCGGCUAACGUAGUGUUGUAUCCAAUUCAGAUCUCUCGGGGUUAAGAUUCUUUGUGCACUGUAUUUGCAUUAUAAGGUGGCAUUCGCAUUUAAAUGAUAUGGAAAUUCCUGAAACAAAACGUUUUAUUCCCAAAGGGUUUGAAUUGGGUACAAUAUUGAGUUAGCCAAAUUGGUCUACUUACGCGAGUUUGGUGUCGCUCGGAGGAACUGGAGGUGAAUCAGUGAAUAGUGCAGGAUAUUCAUCGACUGAGUAGCCAAUCAGAGCGCGCGAAAAACACUAUCCACUGUUUUAGUAUAUACUAAAAACAGUCAAUAAUAAUAUUGAUAAUAAUGAUAACAAUAACAACAACAAGAACAAUAACAAUAAUAAUAAUAAUAAUAACAAUAAUAAUUGAGUCAACAUUAAGAUCAUUAAUAGCAAUAACAACAGUAACAACAACAUAACAUUGAUAAAAUAAUAAUAAUAAUUAUAAAUGAAAUAUUUUCCUAUGUCACAUCUAAGGUGAUGACAUCAUCAGUCACGUGACUUUCUCAGUAUUAGUCUUUUUUGUUGCUGUGAUAAGAUUUCAUUAUUGGGUUAAAAACAAAUAGCAUAUUUGAGGUUUUGGUUGUGUGGAGCAUCUAAAAAUAACCAGUUUACGUCCGGCAUUUAAAACUUAAGUGGAUAAUGAACAUGAGCGAAAAGUCGGGAGACUAGGCCGAGGGCUGUAGACGGUCGACGUUUCAUCACACGGCAGAGAAAAUUUGCAGGAAAGUGAUGUUCCACCUGAUGAUUUUUUUUGGUUACCAAAUGAGAGACAUGACGUCAUCAGUCACGUGAUCAGAGCGUUUUGAAUAUUUUAGUUCGUUUUUAGCGUACAUUUUCGCCAUAAAUUGGCUAGUUUUUGUUGUUUUUCUCUACAAAUCUUUACACUGUAUUGCCCCUUAGUAAUUAUUAUUCCAUUUUAAUUACUAAGGGGCAAUUGAAUUUAAGUGUAAAUUGACCGAUAUUGCAAAUUAAAAUCUGAAGACUUACCCUUCAGACUUUGUAGAAUCCUUUUGCAACUAAAAUGUUUGUUUGCCGAAAUAAAUGUGCAACGAUUGUUAAUAAAGGAGAACUUAAAAAGCUAAAAGGAUCUAUUUGGCGGCCAUAUUGUUUUUUUUUUUUCAUUCUGAGGAGAGAGGUCAUGUAGCAGCUCUUCUAACCGGCCUAAAAGCCAAAUGGUUUGCCAACCUAACCUAAAACAAUGGAAAUGAUGAUGAACAAUGUUGUGUUAAUGCUUUGCCCGACCGAUGAAAAGACACCAUACGAGCAGGGAGAGAAUCGUACGGUCAUACGGUUCAGUCGGUAGCCGCGCGGUUGAUAGUUCAUAAAUUUCUGAUACGUUCCCCAGCAUGGAACAAGCCUGAAAGAGAAUGAAUGGGUUUAUUGUGAGCUUUACGUCUAGCUUCGAUCGGUUAAAGAUUUCAUUGGACGCAAAAAUUAAAAAAAAAAAAAAAUACGAAAAAGUAAUCUUUGAAAACUGUCAAUUUCCAUAGAGAAGGAGUAUGUUUUGGAGUAUGGACUAGUUUGUACAUAGUUAUAUAGAGAGAGUUUUUCGCAUUUUUAUAGAAAUGUUUUUUGUUAUAAUUUCAAUUUGUAUUUAUUUUUUUGGAAUUUAUUUAUUUUUAGUUUUAAGUAAUUGUAACGCAAUUCAGUCUACGGACUGCCAUGUGCAUAUGAAACUUGAAAACAAUGCCAGUGAAUAAUGAGGACCCUCACUUGUAAACACAAAAUCUGGGGGGAAAAUUGGUUAUGUUUGAGUCCCUAUUUAAAAGCCUUUCCUGUUUUCAAUGUUCUUGAAACUUGCAGGUAGUAUUUCUUGACGAUUGAUCUCGGAAUUGUCGAAUUUAUAAAAAAAUUUAUCGAGCGGUUUUUGGAAAAAUGCGAAAUUUUUACGCAUGGACCAAAUUACCUCCAAAAACUGUAUCAAAAGCAUCUGAAUGCAAGUUAAUAAAAUUCUUCUUACUCGCAAUCGCCCAGAGCAAUUCCCCUCUUUUUUUGUAUACAGUUUUCAAUGGAAUCAAACCACUAUGAGAUGAAGCCGCGUUCCCAAAGCUUAUCAUUUUCUUAAACUAUUAGCGAAUUGAGCGGCUAGCAUGCUAUUUCACUGCUUUUAGGAUUCUUAAAACUGCAUUUAAAAAUAUUUCGAAAACGCUCUCAUAGAAUUUCUUCAAACUUUGCCAUAAUGAAGGCAAUUAUGGCAGCUACAUACUCCCCUAAGCGAUUUCUUCAAAAAACUCCUGGUACAGAGGAACACAACGAUGAAUGAAAAACGUAAUGGCGUCAUUACGUUGCCAUGGCGACUCCGAUUGCAUCAAAACCCAGAUCAUAAGAAAUUUUCAUCUUUAUAUAAUACAGUUGUGGUAACCUUUUUUCCAUAUCUUUACUCAUGCCGACGUAGUUAAUGCUCAAACUUGGGAGGUAUCAACCCCAAAAAAUCCAGUCGAGCCACCUUAAAGUUUUCUAUACAUUUGUCUGUGAGAAAGUCCCGGGAAUAAUUACAGACAAAUGUAUGGGAAAUUUGAAGCAAGCCUCUGGAAAAAUUUAAGCACAGGUACGGCCCAAAAAUCUUUUGGUGCAAUCUUCUGCUUUUGUGACUUUAGUUUACAACUCAUAUUUUUUUCAGAACAGCCGUUUAACAGAAAUUAUUCGACAGUAGAUUCUCAUACAAACACUGUAAUUUCUCACGCGGUUGCCUACUCGUCAAGAUGGCGUCGAAAACCGUGACAAAGUCUAUUAAGUUGUAGUUUUCUAUUCAGUAAAGGUAAUUCGUAUCCCUCUUUUAAAAUUCAAUUUAUUAAUAGGCUUCUGCCGCGACUUAAGAAUCAGCUGUAACUGUUGAUUUUACUUUAUCGUUGACAUGAUUUGUAUGUUACUGGACAUGAUUUGUAUAUCAAAAAGAGGGAUCAAUUUUCAUCCAUCCAUUUCAAUAAAAUCAAAUGGAAUCACUUCUCACUAUAGCGAACAACCUCGAAGCGUGACUUUGUCAUAUAAAUAUGCGGUGAGAAGUGAUUCCAUUUGCUUUUUUGAUGAAAUUAUUUUAACGUUUAAACUCGAAGCUCCAUAUAGUGUAAAAUAAUUAUGAUUUACCUUUACCGGUAUCACUUGUAAUAAUAAUACUAAAAAUACUAACAAUAAUAAUAAGAAGAAGAAUGAUAAUAAUAAUAAUAAUAAUAAUAAUAAUAGUAAUAACAAUAAUAAUAAUGAUAAAAUAAUAAUAAGUAAUGGCAAUAAGAAUGAGUGGGGUACAAUUUAGGGAGUAAUCGGGCGGGUAAUAAUUAUAGUCCAGCUGUUAUCGACCAAAAAUAUAGCGAAUUGUUCAUUUUUAUGAUAAAAGCAUGAAACUUUGCCAGAUUACAAUCAACCCUAAGACUAACAUUUCUGGAUAUGGAGCCAAGCCAAAUUCAACACUGAACACGAGUACUGCGCAGGCCCUAAAAUGGCCUACAUGAAAACGAGGCUGACAGUGGAAAUGCUUCUAAAAUACCGGUUUUUAAGUGUUUUGGUAAAAAAAAAACUUGUAGAUAUCGUGGAAGAAGACAUUUGCUUUGCUGUCAUGUUAUCUUUGGUGUCACGUGACCCUUUCUUCCAAAUAUGGCGAAGCCGUUGUCGAGUGUCCUGUGCUGGAACUGUCUUUUGUGCAUUUGUGCGUUUUAAGG